UUCUAGAUCUAUCGAAAGAGACUGAAAUCAGGAAGGAAGUUGUGAAAAUAGUUAUAUCGUAUUAGAGAGAUAUAAACUCAAAACAAACUCAGACAAAGGGGGGAACAAGACGACUAGUACUACUAUUACUACCAUUACUAACACCACGUAGCUAGUAGGCAAAAACUAGGAAUCCUACGGAGGUCCUCAAGAGGAAGAGUUGCUCUCGUCAUUGGCGUAUCCUGUUGCGGUUAUUAUCUUAUUUUACCAUGGGUCGCGACUAUCGUUCUAAGUCACCUGGAUGGCAGAAAGCUGAUAGGUAUAGAAGACAAGACAGAGGCAGAAAUGACAGACCAUACCAAAAGGGAAACCAGAAUGAUAGAGGUUAUAACUAUGGACGGAGGAACAACGAAAGGUUCCAGGGCUACCGGGGUAGAUAUGAAGGUCCAAGGAGAGGGAGAUUCCAGAGCAGAGGAAGAAGUAGAAGCAGGGAUAAUCGUGACACAAGAGGUCAAAGUUACAACAGGAGAAGCGAUAGUGACAACAGAAGGAGUAGUAGUAGUAGCAGCAGUACCACUAGUUCCAGUAGUUCAAGCAGGGCAGGCAGUAAUAGCCGGGAGAGGAGUUUGAGUCGUGGCAAUUCCAGAAAACUAGGAAGCCCUAGAACGGAGAGAUUUGAUAAGACAAGACGCCGCCGGGACAAGAGGGGCCGACAUCAAGAGGAGGAGGAAAGCAACUCUGAUGAUGAAUCGAGAAGUAGAGAAAGACAGCGAAGGGACAACAGCAGUGAAAAAGCGGGCAGGUAUGGACGGAUGUCCAGGGAUCAUAAAUCACGAUACGGAGAUGAGAGGAGUGAGAGAAGCAGAAGCGCUGAAAAGAAAAGGUCCGGCUCCAGACAUAAUGAGGGUGAGAGCAAGGCGCAUGUGGAAGAGGGAAAAGCAGGUGGGUCCAAACAGGAGAAGACGGAGAGAGAUAGGCUGAGAGCUAAGUUAAUGCAAAGCUACAGUUCCUCUUCAAGUAGCAGUGGUAGUAGUAGUUCGUCAGAAGAAUCGUCAGGUGAGGACAACAGCAGUAAUGACGAAUCAGACAAGAAGAGAAGGACUAAGUUUAAGUCUGAGAGGAAAAAAGAUGAUGAGAAAAGGAUGGAAGAGGAGAAAAAAAAGGAGGAAGAGAGGAAGAAGGAAGAUGAAAGAAGGAAGGAGGAGGAGAAAAGGAAGGAGGAGGAGAAAAGGAAGGAGGAUGAGAGAAGGAAGGAGGACAAGAGGAGGAAGGAGGAUGAAAGAAGGAAGGAAGAUGAGAGAAGAAAGGAGGAGGAGAAAAAAAAGGCAGAAAAGAGAAGGAAAGAGGAUGAGAGAAGGAAGGAGGAUGAAAAGAAGGAGGCAGAGAAAAGACUUAGGGAUGAGGAGAGAGCAAAAGAGGUGGAAAGAAUAAAAGAGGCUGAAAGGAGGAAAGAAGAGGAAGAAAUUAACAGGAAAGAAGCAGACAAGAGAAAGGAAGAAGAAAAGCGGAAAGAGGAUGGAAAGGAGGUGGAAGGGGAGAGAAAGAAGGGCAAUGAGAGAAGAAAGGACGACAAACAGCGUGAGAAAGAGAAGAAAACUUCAAGUAAUAGAAAUGAGAAAGGAGAAAAAGGGAAAGUAAGCUGUGAUUUAGAAAAGAAAGACCAGGAGGACAGUGAAAGAAGUAAAAAGUCAUUUAGUAGUAAAGGAAAUGACUUAGAAAGAGGGAAGACAGACGAGGACAAUGAAAAUGCCAAGGGAAGGCGUGAAACACAUAAAGAAAUACCAAAAGAGCAAAGGGGAAGAUCUCAGGAUGACAAACGCAGUCAGGAAGUAGCAGGGAGAAAAGAAGAGAUGUUUAAGGCAAAAGAUGGUGAUGAUGACUCAGAAAUGAAGAAGAAAUCUUCUUCCGAGGUGGAGGGCAAGAAAGAAGAAAAACUAGAUAAAAAACUAAAAGCUGAUACAGGAAGUUCCUUGUCCGAAAAGAAAUCGAAGGCUGUGCUGAAAGACAUAGAUGAGGUAAAAGAAAGUGAAAAACACAUUGAACCCGAAAAAACAAAAGAACUAAGGGACCGGGAAGCUGGCGAAAUUAGUGACUCAGAAUCUGACAGGUCAUGUAGUAAAGGAAACGAAGAAACAGAAGAGGCAAAAAGCAAAACCAAAGAUCAUAAUGCUAAGGAGAAGGAAGCAGAAAGUAAGAAAAGCAGUUCUAAGACAAGAAAAGAAAGACAAGACAAGCCAGAUAAGGAUGUAUUCAAAGAAAAGGAUGAUGUUAGAGACAAAGAAAAAUCUCAGAAAAGUAAAGAAGCCACAGAAAAAGAUAAAAAAUCUAAGAGUGAUGGGAAAGAUUUGAAGUCCCCAAAAGAAAAAACUGAUUCUUCAGGUAAAGAAAGAAAGGACAAAGAAUUGAGUAGCAAAAAGAGAGAGAUGGAUCCUGACUCUGCACAAAGCAAACAUGAAAAUUCACCGACCUCGGAUGGAAGGAGCGGAAAACGGAAAGUGGAGGACACAUUUAAUGAUAGUGACGGUUCUGAAAGGCAUAGGUCAAAGAAGUCAAAGGCCCUGGAGGAUGAGGCUUCUAGGCACAAAGAAAGUGAUCAAGACACGGAGAGCAAGAAAUCAAAGAAGCGCAAACGUAAAAAUAGAGAUUCUCCUUCAGAGGACAGGGGGCUAGAAUUUUAUGAGAGUGAUGAAGAAACAACAGAGCAAGAAUUACUACGAAGAAAGAGACAGUUAGAGGAGCAGUUGCAAAUAGAGGAAGAGAUAAGGCAGAGGAGUGAAAAUAUAGAGAGAGAACGUGAAGCUGCCAGGUUGAAAAAACUAAAAGCACUUGGUCAGGCCGAUAAAGAAAACCUGAGUGACAGGGAAAAUGUAGACAAGAAUCGCAGCAAGAGAAGCAAAUCUGGUUCUCGAUCUCGUUCACAAUCUGUAGAACCUGGAGAGACGCAUGCCAAACGAGAUGCAUCGUCAGAAGACAGAAGGAGCACAAAAUCUGAGAAGAAGCAGAGAGGUGACAGUAAGAGUAGACAUCUCAGUUCUGAUGAAGAGGAUAGUAAUAAAUCCAGAUCAGAAGAGCGACAACACAUUGGGGCACGGUAUUGGGGUGGUGAUCGCGAGCGAGGUAAGGAUGGAAGUGCACGUCAGCAGAAUGCUAACCGCCCAAAAACCAGCGACACUUAUUGGAAUAAAUAUGCUGAUAAACUGGGUAUUCAGAUAGAAGAUCCAAGAAACAAAGAACAUUCAUCUGAGAAGGGCAGAGGGGAAAAGGAUGCAGAAAGGAGAAGAGAGGGCAGAACUGGCGAGAAAGGAAGGGAAAAAGAAGAAGGUAGUAGUGCCAAGUUAAGUAGUAAAUCUGAAAACGAAUUGAAGAGCACUGCCCCAUCAUCUGUUGCUGAUGCAAUAAAGAAGCCAGUCUUGGAUCCCUUGCUGACCAAAACUGGUGGUGCUUAUAUCCCACCUGCUAAGUUGAAAAUGAUGCAGGGGGAAAUUACAGACAAAAACUCUGCUGCUUUUCAGAGGCUGGCAUGGGAGGCAUUAAAGAAAUCUAUCAAUGGUCUUGUCAACAAAGUAAACGUCUCCAACAUUGGCAUCAUUGUUCGUGAAUUGUUUAAGGAAAAUAUUAUUCGCGGCCGGGGUGUUCUUUGUCAGUCAUUAAUGCAGGCGCAGUCAUUUUCCCCCUCAUUCACCCAUGUUUAUGCUGCCAUGGUAGCAAUUAUCAAUACUAAGUUCCCUCAGAUAGGGGAACUAUUAUUGAGACGUUUAGUCAUACAGCUGAGAAGGGGGAUCAGAAGGAAUAAUAAAAAUGCUUGUGUAGCAUCAUGCCGCUUUAUUGCACAUUUGAUUAACCAACAAGUUGCCCAUGAAGUAGUCGCUUUAGAAAUCUUAACGCUUCUUUUGGAGAAAGCUAAAGACCUCAGUGAUGAGUCUGAAAUGGGUGACAAAUCAAGGAACAAUUCAUGCGAGUUAGCCAUAGCCUUUUUAACAGAAUGUGGUAUGAAAUUGACUGAGGUGUCACCUAGGGGAAUGAACAUCAUUUUUGAAACACUCAGGCACAUCUUACACGAAGGCAAACUCGAACAGCGAGUUCAGUACAUGAUUGAGGUUAUAUUUGCUGUGUGGAAAGAUGGUUUCAAGGAUCAUCCAUCAAUUCCUGAAGAUCUCGACUUGGUUGAAGAAGAUGAUCAGUUCACUCACAUUGUUGAGUUAGAUGGCAAAUUGGAAGGGGAAGAAAUCUUGAAUGUUUUCAAGCAUGACUUAGAAUAUGAAACAAAUGAAGAAAAGUAUAAAGAAAUUAGGUCAGGAAUCCUUGGAGAAGAUAGUGAUGAAAGCAGCUCGGAAGCUGGUUCCGCAAGUGGUUCCGACAGUGACGACGAGGAAUCAGAUGAAGAUGAGGAAAAAGGAGAAAGCAAACAGAUGAUUCUGGAUCAGACGGAGACCAACAUGGUUGCCUUCCGUCGUACUGUAUACUUAACAAUUCAGUCAUCACUCGAUGUUGAUGAAUGUGCUCAUAAACUUUUGAAGGGGGAGAUUAAGCCUGGCUGGGAGCCGGAGCUCUGCCAUAUGAUCCUUGAUUGCUGCGCUCAGCAAAGAACUUACAUGAAGUUCUAUGGGUUGUUAGCUCAGCGUUUCUGCAUGAUCAACAAGGUUUACCAAGAGCCCUUCGAACAGAUAUUCAAGGACGCUUAUGACACUUGCCAUCGCCUUGAGACUGAAAAGCUGCGCAAUGUGGCACGUCUCUUCGCCCACCUGCUGUUCUCUGACGCAAUUUCUUGGGAAGUCUUGAAUCAUGUUCACUUGAAUGAGGAUGAAACAACAAGUUCAUCUCGUGUUUUCAUCAAGAUCCUUUUCCAGGAGCUUGCUGAAUUUAUGAGUUUGGCCAAGUUAAAUGACAGGCUCAGGGAUGCUACUUUAGCUGCUGCUUUUGAAGGCCUGCUGCCGCGGGAUAAUCCUCGCAAUACGAGGUUUGCCAUCAACUUUUUCACCUCUUGCGGUCUUGGGGGACUUACUGAUGAUCUCCGAGAAUUCCUUCGCAAUCAGCCCAAACCAACGGCAGUCGUCGCUCCCGUGCAACAGCAGUUAACCCAAGACAGCUGCGACAGUGAUAGCAGCAGUGACAGCAGCAGUGACAGCAGCAGUGAAAGUAGUAGCAGUACUAGCAGCAGCAGCAGCAGCAGUGACGAUUCAAGCUCAAGCAGCAGCGAUGAUAGCUCCGACUCCUCUUCGGAAGAUUCAUCUGGUUCAGAAAAGGAGAAGAGGAGAAAGAAAUCCAAGAAAGUGAAACAUUCAAAGAAAAAUGCCGCCUUGUUAAAGAAGCAGAAACAAUGUAAACAUACCAGGAUUGAAUUUGUAGGAGAAACCAGUAGGAGGAGGAGUGUCAGUGAGGAAGAAGAUGCAAGAGAUAGAAAAAGUAAGAAAAAGGGAAGAAGAGAUGAAAGCAGUGAGAGUGAAAGAAGAGGUAGAGAAGACACUAGAAGGGACCGGAGGAGCCUAGGGGAUGAAAUAGAUAACGAGAGAAAGCAGAACGAAAAUUCUGGUGGAAGAAACAGGCCUGGAAGGAGAGAGUUUGACAACGAUGCUAGACGAGGGAGAAGGGACGAUGAACAGCUUAACAGAAAUUACAGUGAGGAGAGAAGACAGGGGCAACAAAAAUACAGACAGACCAGUAGAGAACGGUACGAUGAUGAUGACGGUAGUGACAGUCACAGGAAUGAUGAUAAGAGGCACGGUAAUAGCCAACCAGAGGGUAGGAGACGAGACUUGGCCUACAGACACAAAAGGGAGAGUGAAAGUAAGGAUGAUGAUUAUAAGCAUGAGCAAGAGCACCAGGAUUCGAGUGACAACCGCAGCAGAGACCGCCGGGGCUACAGAGAGGACUACAGAGAACAGGGGGCUGAUCGUCCAGGUCCCAGAGGAAAUAGAUAUAACCAGAACAGAAGAAAUGACAGGCAACAAAACUAUAAACCAGAUGGCAACUAUGGUAGACGCGGUAAAGAUAGACAGAGGUACUAUUAAUGUUGCUUCCAAAGAUCAAUUUACAGUACUGUUGGAGAUAAUUAGUGUUGUUUUGGUAUGCAAAGAAUCAUGUUAUAGGUUAGAAAGAUCCCCUUAUGUAAUAAUAGCUGAAGCACACAAGAGAUGUGUAUUAAUGAAAAUUAUCCCAACACAACUGGGAAUGUCCAAUUUCUUUAUUUUUACUCUCAUUUAUUUGGUGUGAAAUAUAUUUUUAGUGUUAAUAUCCUGGUUGUUAUGUGAACUUAUAGUGCAGAAACCUUUAAAAGAAGGAUCAGUUGUAUUUACUGUACUCAUUUUGAUAGUUACUUUGUAUAAUAUUGACAUUUUUUUCCCUAAGCCUAACUUGUGUUAGGAAAUUAUGACUACAAUAAUUUCAAGAAUGUUCUGGUACCCCUGUUUCUUAUUCCUAAAGCAUAUUGCUUCAUAUAUGCUCUUGUAGUGUCCAGAUAUGUAAGAGUUGCUUUAUAAGAAUAGAGGAAAUGUCAUCUAAGAUAUUAAUAUUGCAAGAGAGGCAAAUUAGGAGUAAGCACUGCAAGUGUCUGCAGCCUUUAAAACUCUUAAGUAUUAUACUGUACAUAUAUUUUUUUCUUAAGCAUACUUUGCCAUUCAGAGCAUUGACAGACAAUGGUUAAUUGUUUUAUUUUAUUAUUUAAUUUGAAUUCCAGAUACAGACAUGUGUAAAUACUAUCCCUUUUUGCCAUGAUUUUGUGGUGCUUGUUGUCACCGUACAUAUCUAUGAUUAGUAUUUCAUUUUUCGAUAUUCCAUGUUUGGGUGUAAGAGGUAAAACUUGUUUUAUACACAGUAUAUGUAAUACAAGAACAUACACACACAAUUGGUAAUAAGUUAGGUAUAACUUGUAGCAUGUAUCUGUGGGUACAGUGCUUGUAGAAAAUCUGCUGGCAGGCCUUUUGGAGAAGUUCAUCUUUGCAUUUAUUGAUGUGUAAUUCAAUAGUAUGAUUUGGUUUUCUGAGUAAAUUAUAUUUACUUAAGUGUUACUUUUCUUCUUUUAUUAUUGCAAAUAUUUAAUAUCCACUGAUUUUUUUUAAUCUGUUAAGGACACUUUAAGGUAAAGAUCCACUUCAGCCAUUGUAAGUGUUUUACAGCUUUCGUGGUCAUAACGUCUUUAGCUACCAGAUUUCAUUUUUAUUUAAAUUAUUUUAGUUAAAUUGGUAGCAAUCAUUUAAAUUUGUUAACUUCAAGUAUCACAAGUGAAAUUUAUUUCAAAGAUUUUAAUUAGUUUUGAUUUAUGUUAAUUCGAUUAUUAGGGUCAUGUUUAAUUAAAUUAUUGUAGUUAUUUGAUAGCAGAAAUUUGAAUAUAUGUUAAUUCCAGCUAUCAGAAGUUAUAUGUAGUUCAAUGAUUUUAGUUAUUUGAUAGCAAUCACUUAAGUUUAUGUUAACUCCCAAGUAUCAGAAGUUGUGUUUAGUUGAAAGAUUUUAGGUUACAUUUGAAAGCAAUCAUUUGAAUUUUUUUUGAAAGUACAGCCUAGUUUUAAGCCAUGUAAUUAUUAUGGAUGAUUGUUCACUCUGUAAAUGCAGAUAAAUCUUGUAUGUUUACUCAGUAAACUGUCUGCAAGAGGUAGAUAUUUUAGGUAUAAGUACAAUAUUUACUUCAGAGCUUCAUAUUUUGAACCAUCAGAUUUUUUUUGCUUCAUCAAAGUAAAGUUUGUAAGGUUUUGAUGUGUUUAGGUUAGGCUACCAGAGAAAGGAAUAUAUCAGAACAAAUCAGUGUUGUAUUGCAUUUUAUAGAAAUACAGCAGUGAUUUGUUCUGAUAUAUUUCUUUCUCUGGUAACAGGCAAAGUAUAUACUGUCUGGAUUUCAAGCAAAAUCACUCUGUAAUGUAAGUUCAAACAUAUGACAAAGCCUGACUUGAACACAUCAAACCUUACAAUACUUCAUUUUGAUGAAGCAAAAAAAUCCGAUGGCUCAAAAUAUGACGCUUUGAGGUAAAUAUCGUACUUAUACCUAAAUAUCUACCUCUUGCAGAACUCGACUGUUAAACUGGAGAACAUUUCAUAUAUUUUUGCUUACAAAAACAACUGCCAUUUUUGUUUUAUUUUGAAAAUUGUGGAGGUACAUUUACACACUUUCCAACCAUUUCUGUUUCCCUUUUCCUUGUGAUUUUAUGCAUUUCACUGCUGCAUAUCUAUUGUGUACUUUACCAUUGUAAAUUUUAAUUGAAUAAUAUUUGUAUAUAAUCGGCGUAUUAUAGACUUAUUUUAUAAUUAUAGAUAAUGUCAUUUCAUUUAACAUAUCUGUGUUUCUAAACGGAAAUUUGAGUUAUUUUUCAUGUACAGUGUAUUUCAUUUAUAUUUCAAAUUGAUAAACUCA